AUGUACCGCCAGAUCCGGGUGGCCCCUGCGGACACUCCCUUCCAACGAAUCUUCUGGCGGAACGAACCGGCCGACUUUAUCCGCGUGCUCGAGCUCACAACCGUGACGUACGGGACGGCAUCUGCACCUUUUCUCGCGACCCGCUGCUUGGUUCAACUCUGCGAAGAUGAAGGAGAAAAAUUUCCGCUGGCUGCCAAAAUCGUUCGCGACGCUUGCUAUGUCGAUGACAUUCUUUCUGGGGCAGACUCACCUGACGAAGCGAUCGAGUGUUUGAAGCAACUCCAAGGCCUGCUCAGCCGUGGUGAGUUUCCGAUCCACAUAUGCAGUUCGAACGAGUCGGCGGUCAUGGAUCAGAUUCCGGAGGGUGAGCGGGAGAAACUCAUCGAUCUGGACGGACUGACCGGUGGCGUGGUCAAGGCUCUGGGGCUCUACUGGAGUCCAGGGGAUGACGAGUUCCGGUUCACUGCCAACCAAGCCGACGCUGAUGACACCAAGCGGCGUGUGCUGUCGGAGAUCGGCAAGUUCUUCGACGUGCUGGGCUUGCUUUCACCGGUCAUCAUCAAGGCCAAGAUCCUGAUGCAGCGAGUUUGGCUCGCUGGCCUGUCGUGGGAUGUGCUGCUGGAAGGAGGGUUGACAAGUACUUGGGAACAAUUUCAAAUCGCACUUCCUUUCGUGCGAGACAUCCGGAUCCCCCGUUACGUAAUCGGCCCUGGAAACAUUGCUCUCGGAUACAGCGACGCCUCCAAGGUCGCAUACGGCGCAGUGAUUUACGUGCGCAGCCUGUUUCCGAGCGGAAAGUCCCCCCAGAUGCGGCUACUCUGCAGCAAAUCCAAGGUAGCACCAACGAAGCAGCUCGACAUCCACCGGCUCGAGCUCCUCGGGUGCAGAUUGCUGUCCAAGCUGGUGGUCAAGGUCCUCGCAGCGUUGAAACUGCCGUUCCGGAACGUCGUUCUGUGGUGUGACAGCCAAGUGGUUUUGGCGUGGCUCAAGAAACCCUUAGACCAGCUUCAAUCGUUCGUACGCAACCGUGUCGCCGAGAUACGAAACGAAACCAGCAACUUCAUCUGGCUUUACGUGCGAACCAAGGACAACCCUGCCGACUUGGUGUCACGUGGCAUGUUUCCCGCCGAACUGAUGGUGUGCGAGAAGUGGUGGGAAGGACCGGCGUACAUGCAGUCCGAGGAGUACCGGGUGGAACCUGUGGAAGAUUUGCCGGACUGUGAGAUCCCCGAGUUGCGGAAGGAAAUCCAGCAAGUUGCCGAGAACGAUACCGCUGGACGCAUCCAAGGUUUGACUCCGUUCCUGGACAAGGGCCUGCUACGAGUGGGUGGCAGAUUGCAGCAGUCGGAGUUGCCGUUCGAGACCCAACACCAACUUCUCCUCCCGAAGCAUCGUGUUACCAACCUGAUCGUUCGAGCGUACCACGAAGAGCACCUGCACGCGGGGCCAUCGGCCUUGCUUGCGACGCUUAGGAGGCGGUUUUGGCUGAUCGACGGACGGUCGACAGUCCGGAGCGUUACAAGGAGCUGCGUGACGUGCUUCCGCGCGAAGCCUCGCGGCUCGAGCCAACUGAUGGGACGGUUGCCAUCCUGCCGUGUGACGCAAGCCCUCCCGUUUGAAGAGGUCGGCGUAGAUUACGCCGGGCCCAUUUUCGUCAAGGUAGGAACCCGAAAGCCGCAACUCGUGAAGGCCUACUUCGCGGUGUUCGUGUGCAUGUCGACCAAGGCCGUCCACCUGGAGCUGGUCUCGGACCUCACGACCGAGGCAUUCUUGGCCGCCCUCCAGCGCUUCGUGAGCCGACUCGGCGUGCCUCGCACAAUUCAUUCCGACAACGGGACGAAUUUCAAGGGGGCCAAGGCGGAGCUGCACGAGCUGUUCCUGCUGUUAAACCAGCGUGCGUUCAACGACCAGAUAGCGACCUACUGCCAACCGAAGGAGAUUACCUGGUCGUUUAUCCCUCCGGGGGCGCCGCAUUUCGGUGGCCUCUGGGAGGCGGUUGUAAAAAGCACGAAAUACCAUCUCAAGCGCAUCCUCAAGAACGCACAACUCACCUUCGAGCAGUACGCCACUGUUCUCGCGGAGGUUGAGGCGGUGCUAAAUUCGCGGCCCUUGUUCGCUAUGUCGGCGGACCCCGCAGAUCCGCAAGUUCUGACGCCGAGACACUUCCUGAUUGCGCGACCCCUUACGGCCAUCCCGGAACCAGUCUACGAGGGGACACCCACCAACCGGCUGUCGAAGUGGCAGCACCUGCAACUCCUGCGCGAACAGUUUUGGCGAACCUGGAAGCGCGACUACCUGACGAGCCUCCAGCCGAGAGGCAAGGACAACAAGGAGAAGCCGAACGUGCGCCCGGGAAUGUUGAUUUUGCUGGAAGAAAAGGACACACCGCCACUACAGUGGAAGAUGGGAAUUAUCCUGGAAACUUACCCGGGGCCAGAUGGAUUUGUACGCACCGCGGACGUGAAGGUUGGUGGAACAGUCGUCAGGCGUCCGAUCACCAAGCUAUCCGUCCUCCCGAUUGAGGACAACGAGCAGACUGCAGACCACGGAGCGAUUCCUGCUGGGACUUUUCCCCAGCCCGGGGGGAGGAUGUUGGCUGCUUGA